AUGGUCCGCUUCAACCAGAAAUUCUUCCAUGAGCAUGUUCAGGAGCAGAGGGCUAUGGAGUUCGAGACUCUAGUCCAAGGAGAUAUGACAGUGUCUCAGUACGAGGCCUGUUGCUUGGUUCUUUCCAGAUUCACUCCUUAUUUCACUGAUGAUGAGAAGAGAAAGGCUCACCAUUUCCAAAAAGACUUGCAUCCCGAUCUCCGCAGUCGAGUUGUGGGACCCGAGAUCAGAGUUCCAGCGGAGAUCGAAAGAGAAGGCCACCAUCCGGCAGCUCCUGACAACACCAUCAGCAGAGGCAGAGAGGCAAAUCUGAGUUCAGGCAGCCUGCAGCACAGUUCGCAGCUUCAUCAUCAGCGCAGCCAACCGCUACUUCCUCCGGGCAGUUUUCCUGUGUUUGCUAUGGAUGUGGACAGACAGGGCAUUGGAGGCGUGAUUGCCCUCUCCCCUUGCAGCAGCAAAGGCCACCGUAGUUGCCUCCUCCCCAUCCUCCUUAGCAGCAGCAACAUCAGCAGUGAGCAUAGCAUCGGGCUCCCGCUCUUAGGCCUCCUCCUCAGCAGUAAAGGCUGCUAG